AUGAGGAAGGGCAAACCCGCGUCGUUCGAGGAGGCGGCUCGCGUCGGCAGUUCGAGCGCGGCCGCAACGAACGCGAGCGGCACCGCCAGCAAUCGGCAGCGGAAUCGCUCGUUGAAAAAGUCGCCGGCAGUUCAGGACGAUGAUCCAUCGCAUCAUCAUCUGAUUCCACAAGAACCCCGUCGUGCAGCCAGUUUCGACGUCGCCGCCGGAAUCUCGUCUCCAAAAGUGCCGCCAGCGUCGUUCCGUCCAGGCUCGUUCGAUGCAAGCCGAUCGGCAUUCUCGCCAGUCGAAGUUCCGCGUCUCCUCGUCCAAUCACCGCUCUCACCGCUUCAGCUUGAACGACCGCCACCAACUGAUAGUCGUCUGUUGACGGUUCCGUCGCCCGAUUUCCGCAAAAGUCCCUCCGAUAACCGCUCAUAUUCGUGCGAAUCGCCAAAAGGUGGAAUGCACCAAACAACACCAUCCGACGUGUUCGCCCUUGGCAAUCUGGGCAGUAUUCCACCAUCGCUGCUCAAUCAACUCUCAGUCGCCAUGCAACACCAAGCUCUUGGUUUAUCAUCGCCAUUGCUUGACGAUUUCAAAAUCCAAAGUGCGGUGCCAAAAUUGGAGCAAAUGGAUUGUUCGGGCUCAUUUGAAACCGUCGGCUCCGGCUCUUUCGAAUUACCCACAAACGCCUCAUUCGAUCAGGUAGGUACACAUCAUAACGGGCAAGCAACGCCAGAAAUAAUGGCUCAAAUGCCACCGAAAUCUAUUAUUCAAGAUGAUAUUCGAAAUUCGAAUGGAAGAUUCCAGUUGGUGAGAAAACGAGGAAGGUCCGAAGUAUGGAACCUCUUUGGACAGGUGCUGGACACCAUGACCCAAGUUCGUCUUCCAUACGUUGCUUGCUACGCCUGUAAGGUGCUGUACACCGACACUGGUGGCGGAACUGGCAAUAUGACAAGGCAUCGAUGUCCGAUUGGGGCUAGUUAUCGCUCGGGAACCCAUGGAUCAUCGACGGAAACUGUUGAUCCGGGCUGUCCUGGAUCAUUUGAAUCGACGGCAUCCGCGACGACGACGACGACGACGACGAGAGCCGAACCGCGUCCGCAGAUUUCGCUCACUUCUGUUGACAAUGAGCCGCAUCAUUCGAGAGAUUCUGAAUUUGAUAAGGAGAUACUCACCGAAGCACUUGUCAAGUGUUGCGCACUGGAUCUCAUUGAUCCAGUCGUCUUCAAUGGCAAAGGAUUUCGCGGUCUCAUCUCAAAAAUCAUGGCCCUCGCAAAACGAGGCAACAAUCAAACAUCAAUCGACACAUUUCCGGAUAUUGCGACGGUGAAAUCUGCAAUGCAAACGCAUUUGCGAUUCUGUACAGACGAUCUGAAGAAUGAGCUGUCGAGAACAACUCAAGGUGUUCGACUCACGCUUGAAACUCUAACAUAUUGCGACAAAGUGUAUCGCGUGAUUCAUGGAAGUCGCAUCAGUCCAGACUGGAAAUGGCGCAGCAACAUCUUGGGAGUAUUCAAGUGCAAAGACAACGAAUCGAUCAAAGACAUGAUCAAUAUUGUUGUGCACAACUACGAGCUCGACAAGAAUUUGCUUCGAGUCACCACUCCGAAUGCGAAUCACGAUCUCGCACCGAUCAAGACAUUCAUCGACAUCAAGUCAAAGUUGAUGGAGAUACUUGCGACAGCAUUGAGUGCUUCGAGUCUUCCGGUCACUCAAAUGCUGCAGGCGAUUGACCAACUAACCAAAAUGCUUGUUGAUCUCGACGUUCGUCUUCCGUUCGAUUAUGAAAAAACGGAAGACGUGUUCGAUGUUCAUCGAUUGUUGGCCGAAUGGAAUGAUCGAUGGUCUCAAAUCGAGCAGAUCAUUUCCUCGAAAUGCCCCCAUCUUCUUACAAGCUUUAAAAUCAUCAAUCCAUCGCAUAUGCGAGAUCUCGAGGCAUUCAUAAUGCCAUUCCGCGAAACCAUCGAAUCGUUGAUCCAAGAGCAGCCAAACUUCCAAAAAGUUCUGCCGGAAUGGUUCGCGUUGAUGCACGAGUGUCAAGUGAGCGACGACGAGCCAUCACCACUCCUGCGCGAGCUGAAAACGAAGGCAACCGAGUUGCUCAAAUCCGAAAUGGAGCAGAUCAUCACCGAUGAGCAUCGAAUCGCUGCCAUUCUCAAUCCAAGACUGAGUCGUAAACUGAACAUGAUUCUGACGGAAUCCGAGAGAAACACCGCGUGCGAAAAAAUUCGGGCAAUGUGCGGAAUCCGAAAUCCCAGCGAGCCGCUCAGUCGCGGCAGCUCGUGCGACGGAGAACCUCAUAGAAAACGCCGAAUGUUUCUUUCAUCAUUAGAAGACGAUCCAGUAGGCGACGAGCUUGAGUGUUACCUCCGCUCGCAAUAUCCACCCCAACAAACCAAAGAUGUCAUCACAUUCUGGAGCACCAUCGGUCAGACGCAGUUUCCAUCGCUCGCUUCGUUAGCUCGUCGUACAUUGAGCACACCAGCGACGGCUCCAAAAACAUCGUUCGAUCCCAGUUGCGCUUCCGUCGCCCCAGAUCAACUCCACACUUUCCUAAUGCUCAGGUCGAUGUUCGAUUCCGACGGAAACUAG